UUACCUUGACUACAAAGAUCGAAGUUUCUCCUUCUUUGAAACUAGUUUCAUAUAUAGAGAGACAAAAAGAUGUUUUUUUUUUUUUCUUUUGAAGAAGCUUCUACAGUAAAAUUACAGAGAUGAUCAUUUCAAAAAUCUCUUCUCCACCCAUAACUCAAUCUGGACAGACGCCAUUGGAGUUUCUGUAAAUUAUUAUUAAUCUCUUUAUCAAUGGUUAAAGGUAGAAAAAGAAGAAGAAGAACAUAAAGAUCAUGGUUUGAAAUUGCAGGGAAUAUUCUUGCUUUGUGCUGUUGUUUCACCAUGUAAGCAAGUCUGUUUCGAUCUAUCAAUCUAUUAUAGUUUUCAAAUAAUUCUCCCUUAACAUUAUGUAUUUUAAGUUAUUUUGCAGACCCACAUUCAAAAGAAUAAUUAGAAACAAAUCAACAGAGCAAUUCUCAGGAUUGCCCUUACAUUUAUGCUCUCUUGAAUUGCUUGAUAUGUUUAGGUAUGGAAUGCCUCUUGUCUCUCCAGACAUCAUUUUAGUUGCUACUGUCAAUUCUAUUGGUGCAAGCUUUCAGUUUGUUUACAUAGCUAUCUUCAUCCUUCAUGCUGAUUCACUUCAAAGGAUGAAGAUGGCAGGGCUACUGCUUGCGGUUUUCGCUGCAUUCUUAGCCAUAGUGUUGGUGAGUUUGCAACUCUUUCAGCCUCCGGAAAGACAAAUCUUUGUCGGGUAUUUGAGUGUGGUUUCUCUAAUAUCCAUGUUCGCAUCUCCUCUGUCUGUCAUCAAUUUGGUGAUGAAGACGAAGAGCGUGGAGUAUAUGCCUUUCUACCUGUCGGGUUCAACCUUCUUGAUGAGCAUGUCUUUCUUUGCAUAUGGAAUGUGCAAGUAUGAUCCUUUCAUCUAUAUCCCAAAUGGAAUUGGAGCUUUUCUUGGUAUCAUCCAGUUGAGUUUAUACUACUAUUACAGACAAUUAUAUGGAGAUGCUUCAAAAGAGCCUCUACUUGAGGAAUAUUAUGUCUGAAAAAACGACAAUUUUAUCAUUUAACACAAUGAGGCAGUUUUCAAGUAAAGGCUGAUUGUCUUAAGAAAAGAUGUUCAAACAAGAUUUAAUAGAAUGUUUUAGUAAUUAAAGCAACAAGAAUAAGAUUGUCUGUCUGUCU